AAGAACAUUGUUAGAGUUGUAUUAAAGUAGUUGGAAACCAUGGGAAGGAUGAAGUUUAAGUUUGUUUCAAGAUUCAGAUGUAAUCGUUAACUCUGUUCUUGCACAGAUUUCUUCCACUCAUCAGGGUAAAUGUGUUGUGUAUUGUGGUGGAAUGUAAUUAAGUCUAACUUUUUGUUCUUGGUUUGGGUUUACAUGGGAAGGAUGCUGUCAUUUUGGAACAAAAUCUGCCUGGUGACCAUCUGUCUCUCCAUUAAGAUGAAGUACGACAUUUUUUGAGGCAGUGAAAUGAUGAAAGAUUUUCUUGAAAAAACAAAUGAGCUAUUUUCUUUUUUAAAAAUCCUGGCACUGGCAAACUGUAGCUUUUAGCAGAACGCCACAUACCACAAAACUGUCACUGAAGCUUCAUAUUCACUUUAAGUGUCAUAGUUGCUUCCGCAAAAGUAAGCUGGGCCACUGAUUUCUGUCAAAACAAUUCAAGUUUUUGCUUAAGUGCUUAAAUCUGCAUUGUGUUAACUGCAUCUUGUUUGAAUCCUCAUUCAGAAGCCAUUGGGAACAUAAGGCAUCAAAAUCAGAGGAACAAUGGGUCCAUGACCCAAAAGCAAAGGCCUCCUGAUAAUAGAAAUAUUAACACUGUUAUCUUUGUAAUUUACAAAGUAUGUUUCUUACCAAAUUUCUUUCUAAAACACAGAAGCAGUGAUAAGUAUUCUGGACAGACACGGAUUAUCUUUACUGCUCUUGCUUUUUCUCUAAAUCUCUAAGCUGGACCAAGCUGAAAAUUUUAAAUGAAGGCAGUGGUAUCUCCCAGCAGGAUUUGUUUUGUCUCUUUUAUAUUUGUCACUUGUCUGUGUGAAGUAUAGACUCCAACACAAACCUGUGUUAUAUUGGAAGGUAGAAUCCCAAGGCAAGAGAUUAACAGUAAAUAAGUCGGCUCUUCAGCAAAGUUUUGUUUGUCAUCUUCUGUGCUAAUAUGAAUCUUAAAGUCCCAAGGUCUAAGAAUGGUUUUCAUUAAUAUGACUGUCUUACAAAAAAAAAAUCCAAACCAAAAACCCUAAUGAGUCCAUAACUUAUUACUAGGGUUUUCUCAGUAGGUUAAUUUAUGCCAUCUCUUCCUUUAGGUGUUGAAAUCCUGAAAGAACCCCUAAUGUGCAGAAGGGGAAAUUCCGUAAGACAGCACAGACAGGGAGCAACCUCAGAUUGAUUCGUGUGAGGCUCUGGGACAUUUGAAAGUGAUUUGGAGAGAGCAAAGUCUGUGUCUGAUGGACACCGAACCAAAGUCAGCGUGUGUUGUGCAGCAGGCUCACUGCCCAGGAAUGAAGUGCCCUCCUUCAGAGGACUUUCCUCCUCAGAUAAGACUGUCUGAAAAGAUACCACCAGUGAAGCCUUGCUUCAAGAAGAAGCAGCAAGUGCAGAAGAGACUGGACACAGAAACUCUUCGGGCUUUGCGGCCAAUCUUUAGCAGUUUGCUGGGAGCUGGGACCUUGGAUAGGGUCUUUGUGCACCGAGGCCAAAGUGGCAGUCAUAAUGACUUGUGUGAAACUGCUGUGAAAAAGACUCUGGACCUCAGUACUUCUCACCCCCAACCAGAAAGUAACGUGGCUGUGCUGGUGCCAGCAGCUCCAGAUGUGCAGAGUCAGUUGCCAGUAGCUCGUCCUUCUUCUGGGCAUCCUGAGCAGGAUGUCCAGUCAAGAGAGCAAGGCUUCUCACCAGACACUACUCCUGGAACUGCUGCUGAGAAUAGUAGUGAAUCAUUCCAGGAUCAUCCUUUGCACCCAACUGCUAGUGAUGGUGCAGCUUGUCCUUUGUUCCCAGACAAGAUUCUGGAAAGCUACACAUCUGGCUUAUUCCAAGAGAAUAGCUGUCUGAUGCAAUACAAUUUGAACCCAAGCAAUAAAUUCAGUGCUGGGAUAUUCCAGGAUAAAAGUGAAGAAGCUUCUCUCGAUCUGGUAUUUGAGCUCUUGAACCAGCUGCAAUAUCACACCCAUCAGGAAGAUGGAAUAGAAAUCUGUGUGGAUUUUCUCCAGGGCACUUGUGUUUAUGGCAAUGAUUGUCCCAAACAUCACACAGUGUUGCCUUAUCAUUGGCAAGUGAGAAGGACAGCAACCCAGAGUUGGCAAAGUGUAACCAACGAUUCCCAGGAGCAUCUGGAAAGACUCUACUGCAACCCUGACAAUGAUAGGAUCAAAGUGAAAUAUCGGGGACAUGAGUUUUGGGUGGAUUUGAAUGUUAUGAAAUUAUAUGAAACUGUUGAGUUUGACCAAAUGCGGCGGCUGUCCACACCUUCCUGCCCCAGCUCCAGCUCCAACUACUACACGGUCUGGAAAUACUUCUGCAGGGACCACUUUGGCUGGAGAGAAUACUCUGAGCCUGUUGUAAGACUGAUAGAAGAAGCCAGCUGCCGGGGUCUGAAAGAGGUUCGGUUUGUUACCUGGCAUAAUCAGUAUAUCUUAAACAUCAAAGAUGGCUUCCAGCAAAAUGCAUGCUUCAGAAGAGAAAUCAAGAGGAGACCCCUUCUUCGUUCCUGCGUUGUGCUGAUGCCAUUUUUACAGACCUUAGGGGGCAACUCUCCAGUACCCUCUCCAUCAGCUGAACCAGCUUCCUCACAUGCUCCAGCUGCUGUUACCUCUCCAAACUUCUAUCCUGAAACCUGGAUUAGUAUGGAUCCAUCUCAGGACUUCAUCCAAGUGCCUGUUCUGAAGGAAGACAAAAGCUAUAGAACCAUUUAUAACCUGUUUCACAAGACUGUGCCAGAGACCAAAUAUAAAAUCUUGAAAAUUCUGAGAGUGCAAAAUCAGUUUCUUUGGGAGAAAUACAAAAGGAAAAAGGAAUAUAUGUCCAAAAAAAUGACUGGGCUUGACAGGAUAAUGAAUGAAAGGCAUUUGUUCCAUGGCACCUCCCAGGACGUGGUGGAUGGAAUCUGCAAGCACAACUUCGACCCGCGCGUCUGUGGGAAGCAUGCCACCAUGUUUGGACAGGGCAGUUACUUUGCCAGAAAGGCAAGCUAUUCCCAUAACUUUUCCAAAAGGUCACCCAAAGGAGUUCAUUACAUGUUCCUGGCCAAAGUACUGACGGGAAGGUACACGGUGGGUAACCACACCAUGAGGAGACCUCCGCCGGUGAACCCCGGCAGCAUUACCAGCGACCUCUAUGACUCUUGUGUGGACAAUUACUUUGAGCCUCAGAUUUUUGUCAUUUUUAACGAUGAUCAGAGCUACCCUUAUUUUAUUAUCCAGUAUGAAGAAGUUAGCAACACUGUCUCCAUUUGAAAACUUGUGCUGCUAAAUUAUUAAUUUCAGUAAACUCUCUUUAUCUGGCAUUGGUAGCAGUUUUUGUGGAAAAAAAAAAAUCUGGACAUUGCAGAACCGAUUAAAUUACUUGCUUGGAAGGAACUAAAUCUGAAAAUAUAGAAAAGAAUAUCUGAAGUGACCAAUUGUGCACUUGCUGUUAGAUUAUGUAUGUGCAAAUUGUAAAUACUUUUCCAUUGUUUAUAGUUGAAAAUCUGUGCCUUUUGUUAUAAAACACUGUUUAUUUAUGUUAGUAAAUAUUCA